AUGGGGGUCGGAGUCGGGAACUGCUCGCCGGCCUCCACCGCGGGCUUCUUGGAGCCGGGGUAUCCCGGGGAGCCCGCGGCAGAGGUCGGGGCUGGCUUUGGGCUUCCCAGCAGCUGUGACAGCGACCCUUUCUGUCCUUUGGGGCAUAUCAGUGGGUUUGCACAAGUCGAGCUGACUCCGAAACCCGCAUUAGGAAGUACUGGUGGGAGGGGUGACCGUGGCUGCCUGCGGCCUGCCUGCAUUGCUCAGCCCACAAACUCAGGUCUAGAGGCAGGAGUGUUCCCAAGUCCUGAAUGCAGGCUCUGCCCCCAGCAUGCUCCCGUGACUCACCAGAUUCCUAAAUUUUCUGACACAGAUAAGCAGAAGAUUGAUUAUUCAUUUGAAUUCACUCCCACUUAAUAUUGUGAUCUUGCCAAUAUCAACAAUACCGGUCCUUUAAAGAAAGUAAAUAAUUCUUUGAUAAAAGCCCUAUUAAUUUGUAAAGAUAAAAAUCCCACGUGGCAAGGAAACAAAGAUAGGUUUAUUGCACUAGACAACUAUGGAAAUAGGUCAGAUACAUGUUUUCUGGAAAUUCGUGAUGGCUGUCACAGUGCGACAGCUGCAGAAACAGUUGCAGCAGAGCUUCCACUUUUAUUUCUUGACCAGCGUUCUCAAAUAGAUUCCUCCUACAAAAAUAAGAAGGACAAAGUGCAAAUUCUAGAUUUUUUUGUCCCCCCAUAAUAAUCAAGGCAGAUUAUGGGGAAAAAAAAGAGAAGAUAUUCUGACAAACCAGGCAAUGACAAGACCAAGAAGAUUAGUCCUUACAAAUGGAUUCACAAAGCGUAUGCCAAGUCCUUUAGGUGAAUGCAGAGAUUUUUACAGCUGGUAAGAAAUGAGGUUUCCAAAGCUCACUGGAGUGGCUGUUUAGUGGUUACCUGUUUGGUGGAAAGCGUUCCCAGCAAAGAGACAGAUGGUACUGAGGUAGAAGAGAGAAAACAUUCUGAAAAUAACACAUUAGGCAGGACGGCCAAAGGUAUUGCUGGACCAUUGUACUUUACUAUUAUAGAUGAUGUAUAUGCAGUCUUAUAUGAAAAUGGAAAGAGUCACUGCCUCUCAAAAGAGCACAGCACUCAUGAGAGAACACUUCAGAACGGUGGAAACACCAGCACUAAUACACCAGAUGGAUUAGUAGAGGGGUACCUGAGAAUUACAAGAGCUCUUGGACAUCACAGAGAUGCAAUAAAAAGGACAUCUGUUAUACCUGUAACUUGUAUCUGUCCAUAUCAGAUUCUUAUUCUGGCUUCUAAAGGGGUUUUGGAUUACAAUGAAGUACUGGCACCAACUCUAACAACAUCUACUCAUUUGAGAAUGCAUGAAGGUGUUCAACGAAACAGGACUUCUCCAUCUAAGUGUCAAUAUUCAAUGUCCCUCACUGAAGACAACACAAAUGACUUAAAUGCUAUUAAUAAUCUCCAAGAUUCUAGCACACAAGGUGGUUCUGAAGAACUGAGCCUGUCCACUCCAGUGGGUCUAAACCACCGCCAAUUUGAAAGAGACACAGUGUACCCAUCCAAUUGCAAAUCACCAGCUGCAGGAAGACACACAGUCAGCUCUGAGGCCUACAACAAUGUAACAAGCUACAUUAGGGAACAACUAGCAAAGACUGCAUUAGCUUCAGGUUCAAGAGAUAGUAUUACUGUUUUGAUUGUAUUUCUAUAUGGACAUGAUAAAAUACCCAAUUACCUCAAAAUUUACCAUAGGACAGCUGAAGUGACAGAGCAUAUACAGGACAGAUGUAUAUUUAGCUGUGUCACGAAUUUACUUGUAACCACCUUAAAUGCGGACCCAUUCAGUAAAUCAGACAUCUUGUCUGGAACUGUACAAAUGCAAUAA